AUGUCAAUGACUGACCGCUGUGAAAGAUUCACAUUAAAUUACAACCUAGAAAUUAUAGUGAGCACAAUUUUCAUUCAUACGGCAUUUAUUGCAAGUCAAUUCGAUGUCGCAGCAAGUUCACAUGAAGAAAAUACAACGAUAAAAAAAAUUGUAGUGCCUCCUGAGAAAAGACCGCCAUCACAUAAUCACAAUCCAGUUAUGAUUGAAUUUAGUAUUUUUGUUGUCGAUAUAAAUUCUAUUAACGUUGAGGAUAUGGAUUUUCGUGUUGAUAUGUUUGUUCAUCAAAAAUGGAGAGAAUCACGAUUGACACUUACUGAUGAUCUCUUUGAGGAUGGCGACGAUUAUGUUACAUUGCCGCCAGAGCAUUUUGAGAAUUUAUGGCAACCCGAUCCAUAUUUCUUAAAUUCAAAAGUUGCUGAAAUCGCAACGCUUACCCACAAGUUUAGUACCGUUACACUUUAUAAGAAUAAAACAAUUCGUUAUGCUGCUCGUUUGCAUGCCAUCAUUGCAUGUCAAAUGGAAUUUCAACUAUAUCCAAUGGACAUUCAAAUUUGUCCAAUUCAUAUUGAAAGCUUUUCAUAUAGCAACUCAAAAGUACGAUUAAAAUGGGCCGAGGCCGGUGUUAAUAUUAAUCCUGAGCUGAAGCUAUUGCAAUAUAAUUUGGGUGCACCAUUGCAAUUAGAAGAGACGGAUGGAUAUAUGCCAGAAAAAGAUGGGAACUUUUCACGCUUGACUGUCUAUUUCCGUUUUGAGCGCCAAAUAGGUAAUGAUGCUAAUAAUUCAAAUGCUACAAAGAUUUUAUUGCCAUCGAUUUUACCAUUUCUAUGCGAUUUAGGACAUCAUUUAAUUCAAACGUUUGCACCAUCGUCAUUAGUUGUUAUGCUAAGUUGGUUCAGUUUUUGGCUUGGACUUGAUGCAAUUCCGGGGAGAGUGACUUUACUUGUAACGUGCAUGCUUACCCUUGUGACAAUGUUUACUGGUGCUGAUAUUCCGCCAGUAGCUUAUGUUAAAGCUAUGGAUCUCUGGAUGGCUGGAUGUAUGGUGUUUGUAUUUGCAGCGCUGGCAGAAUUUGUUGUCGUAAAAGUCCUAGACGUUCAAUAUCAACAGCAAUUGAAAUCAUCAUCAAAACAAACAAUUCUUCCGCUUCGUUUGACGAGUACAAUGGAGAAAGGACAAUGUCAAACAGUAGCCAUGUUUGAUGGAACUAAUGUGCGAUCACGAAAAGCCAAUGCACAAAAUACACCAACACCAGUUAGUCAGACAAACUUACAAGGUAACGGAAAGCCAAUAAACAGAAGGCAAUCCAUAUUAUCUGUAUCGUGGACAGAUAAUGACACAGGGGUUGAAAAAAUUAUGUGGCGUGAAAUUGAUAAGCUCUCGCGUGUUGUAUUUCCAGGUCUCUUUCUCGUAUUCGUAGUUUUAUACUGGCCAAUAUUAUUAUUUAAGACAAGUUCCUAGCAAACAUCCCAAAAUGAUCCAUAUGUUUAUGAUAAUUCGACAAACGAAUGUUAUCAAGAUUGUUGAUUUGCGAGCAUUUAAAGUGAGAUUUUUUAUUAUUGCUCAAUUUAUAAUUUUUAUGAAUUAAGUUUAAUCAAACGCUUUUAAUUCAA